AUGGCGCAAGAAAACGAGAAGCCGGUGUUCUUCUUUGACAUCGACAAUUGCCUUUACCCAAAGAGUCUCAAAAUCCACGACAUGAUGGCUGAGCUUAUAGACAAAUAUUUCCAAACCCACCUUGAACUGUCACAAAAAGAGGCCAACGAACUUCACUACAAGUACUAUCGAGAAUACGGACUUGCUAUUGAAGGUCUUGUCAGACACCACAGGAUUAAUGCAUUGGACUACAACAAACAGGUCGACGAUGCCUUGCCUCUGGAUGACGUGAUCAAGCCAGACCUGGAGUUGCGCAAGCUGAUCGAAGACAUCGACACAAGCAAAGUCCGUUUGUGGCUGUUCACGAAUGCCUACGUCACUCAUGGCAAGCGUGUGGUUAAGCUAUUGAAGAUUGAUGACCUGUUCGAGGGGAUGACAUACUGUGACUACAGUUCGGAUAGAUUCGUCUGCAAACCGCAAGCUGAGAUGUUCGACGAAGCCAUGGAACAAGCGGGAGUGACCGACAAUCAGAAAUGCUAUUUCGUGGACGAUUCGUAUAUAAAUUGUAAGGCCGCCCAUGAACGAGGGUGGAAGGUUGCACACUACUUGGACCCCGGCAUGGAACCACCUCCACAGCAGGCUGCGAAGCACCAAAUCAGGGAUCUACAGGAAUUGAGAAAGACGUUCCCUGAGGUAUUCAAGGGCUCAUGA